AAUGUUUAUUUCAAGGUUGUCACUGAACUAAAAACAAGUGACAGCUAGUGCUGGAAGUGGAAACAAAAUUAUCAAUACAUCACAACGGUUGAUAAAAUUAGUGUCUGUGUAUGUAAAUAUUUAUAGUGUUUUGUGAAGAAUGGCUACAAAUGAACAAAAAGCCCAACAGCUAAUUGCAGAAGCCGAGAAAAAGUUAUCCUCUUCCAAAGGAUUUUUUGGUUCACUUUUUGGUGGUUCUGCUAAAGUCGAAGAUGCUGUGGAUUGCUAUCACAGGGCUGCUAAUCUAUUUAAAAUGGCUAAGAACUGGACUCAAGCAGGUAGUGCAUUUUGCGAAGCAGGAAAUUUACAUUUGAAAACUGGCUCUCGACAUGAUGCCGCAACUAAUUUUGUUGAUGCUGCUAACUGUUAUAAAAAGUCUGAUAUUAAUGAGGCAGUCAACUGUCUUGUAAGAGCAAUAGAAAUAUACACUGACAUGGGGCGCUUUACUAUGGCUGCAAAACAUCACCAAAGCAUUGCAGAGAUGUAUGAAACUGAUGCAGCCGAUCUCAAGAAAGCAGUUCAACAUUAUGAACAAGCUGCAGAUUACUACAGGGGUGAAGAAAGCAAUUCAUCUGCCAACAAGUGUCUUUUAAAAGUUGCCCAAUAUGCAGCACAGCUAGAAGAUUAUACAAAAGCUAUUCAGAUCUACGAGCAAGUAGCUUCAUCUUCAUUAGAGAACUCUUUGCUGAAGUACAGUGCAAAGGAGUAUUUGUUUCGUGCUGCUCUUUGUCACCUGUGUGUAGAUUUGCUGAAUGCUCGUCAUGCUCUAGAACGCUACACUCAAAUUUACCCGGCGUUCCAGGAUUCACGCGAAUAUAAAUUGCUACAGAACAUCUUUGAUCAAAUAGAAGAACAAAAUCUAGAUGGAUAUACAGAUGUUGUCAAAGAAUACGAUUCCAUAUCUCGUCUUGAUCAGUGGUACACUACUAUGUUACUACGAAUUAAAAAGCACAUCAACGAAAAUCCUGACUUACGUUGAGGUAUAGUAAAUCAUAAUGUAAAGCUCAUAAAUGUUUUACUCCCCUUUUGUCAUUUAAAUAGGCAAUACAUAAAAAUUACAAGUAAAAUAAGAAUUAUCACCAGUUUUGUAAUCUAAUUUCACUAAUGCCCUAAUAAAAAAAUAUAUUUAAUUUGCACAAUAAAUUUCAUAUGAAGUUAAUAAAGCUUAAUGCAAUUUGAAAAUGAGCACAUAACUUAAUAUUUUACUAAUAAAAACUAAUAUUGUUUUUAAAGUAGUGUGAAAAGUCAAUCAAUUUAUUAUUUAAUUUGUUAUGUGCUCGCUUUUAUUCUGACAUUUGCGCAUUUUAGAGGGUAUCAGCUUAUUUUGCGUAGCAGAAUAGUAGUUUUAUCAAUUCAUUGAUUUUUUCGUAGAUUAAACAAGUCUCUCAUGCAAUUUUUAUUAACAUGUGUUGAUGAAUAUGCUGAUGCUCCAAUAAGGACUGAAAAUUAAUUUGAAUUUAUGAGCUUCCCUUAUCAGAUCUAAUUUUGUUAUAGGUAUUGUAUUUAAUUGACU